UGACUGCGAGUUGUCGAGUUGAGAGGUCCUAUACCGUUGGAUCAGCUAUAGAUCGCUGUAGUCGUUAUAGUCGUGCCGAUGAUACCUUAGUUAGUGCUGACUAAUCACCGAAACCAAUAUCAACGAGAAAUCAGUGAACAAAUACAGUUUAGUGCCACCUAACACACAAAAAAGAAAGAAAGGAAGAACUCCCUGAGAAUCCUCCAAGUGCUAUAUUUCGAACCUAAAUGCUCUGCCCUCCAACCAUGCGUCCGGCCAGUCCCGCCGAAUCCGAGAUCUCCGUGGGCGGAGCCCCCAGCCCGCUGCCCACGCAGCAUCCGCAUCCGCACCAGCAUCCGCAUCAGCAUCCGCUGCACCAUCCACGUGCCAGCACCAUUGACCUGCUGCAGCAGCAGCAACUGCUGAUGCAGCAACAUGCCGCCGCAGCCGCUGCUGCCGCCGCCGCCGCUGCAGCAGCCGCCGGACUCAGCCGGAGUGCCGUCGGCGGUCUGCCGGAGGAUUACUUCCAGCCGCUCAAGCGUCUGCGCAUGUCCUCUUCCUCGUCGGAGCCCAGGGAACACACACCCAGUCCGCCGGCCGCCGCUCCGGAGCCGCAGUCCGCCGGACAAACCAACACCAAUACCAAGUCGGCCAUUGAGGGCGUCAAGAGCUUCUCCAUUGCGGACAUAUUGGGUCACUCGGAGAAGCAGCGUGAGGAGUCCGUUUCGCCGCCACCCAGCUCCAAUCUCCUGGCCCCGCCCGCCUCUCGCCCCAGUGCCACUUCCGGCGGACUCUUGCAGCCGCGCACGGAACCUCUGGAUGUACAUCCGGCGGCGGCGGCUGCCAUGCUGCUCCCAAGCGGACAGAUUGUCCGGCCAUGGGAUCACCUCCUGGGCCCUGCCAUGCCCGUCCGACCCUUUAUACCCUCCGCCCUGCUGCACUACGAGCAGCGCCUGGCCCUUGACUACCAUCGCCAGCUGCAGGAGCACUUCAAUGCCCAGGCCCAGCUGCUGCGGCACAUGGGCAUGGACAUUAUUCCUUCGGAGAGCGGCUCGGACCGCUCCAGUUCGGCGGCCAGCGACUGCUGUUCGCCCGAGAUUGCCAGGGACUCGGCGGCUGCCGUGGCUGCCGCCUCCGCCGCCGCUGCCCGGCACAGCCACAGCCCCCAGUCGUCGGCACAGCCAGGAGCCAGUGGAUCCACCAAUGCCAAUGGCACACCACUGGAUGCUCUGUUCCAGAUGACCACCAAGGACUUUGACGAGUCGCAAGAUAAAUCCCACUUGGACAUCUUCUCGAACCGUCCGCAGCCGAAAAAGAAGCGCAAAUCGCGCACCGCCUUCACCAAUCAUCAGAUCUUUGAGCUCGAGAAGCGCUUCCUGUACCAGAAGUACCUGUCUCCGGCGGAUCGUGAUGAGAUCGCCGCCUCCUUGGGCUUGUCCAAUGCCCAGGUGAUCACCUGGUUCCAGAAUCGCAGGGCCAAGCAGAAGCGCGACAUUGAAGAACUGAAGAAGGAUUUUGAUAGCGUGAAGGUCUUCUCUGCUCACAAGUCCUUCUUGGAAAAUGUCAAUGACUUGAGCAUUUUAAAGAAAAAGCCCAUGCAUGAGGCCGAUAUGGUGGGCUUGGCCGCUGCAGCCGCCGCUGCUGGCAUGGUGGUCCCGGUGCCGGGAUCAGCCCAAAUGGGCGGAGCGCCGCCCAAAUGAGGGCGCGGCCAGGUGCGCACCGAACCGCCAAGGCAACCCAAUGAUUGGUACAGAAAGUGAGCAAUGAGGAGACGAGUAUUUUGUUUAAUUUUGAGUCGAGUGCCCCGGGAGUUGGGAGUAGCUAUGCCCAAACGGAUAUCCCCAAGCACUGGACGACGGCCAAAGGAAGUGCCAAGACACCCCAACAAGAGGUGUCCAAGGCCACGACAUGUGGGGCAAAGGCAACACUCUAAGCCAGCCUCGAUUGGAGAUAAAUCCAGCAGCUCAGCCAGGACCAAGGCCUUAUUAUGGGCCAGUGAACAAGCCAGAACAAUCACAGCCGGAAACGGAAACGGAAGUGAAUAUGGAACCAGCCAGAACCAGAAUCCGGCAUCAAAGCCAGGAA